GUUAGUAAUAUUGAUUACUCAAAACACAAUAAAACUUUAGAUACUGUGAAUUUAAUGAUAAAAACUUACAUCGUAGUUAAGAAAACUAUAGUUUUUGAAUUGUAAAGUGUUAUUCCAAUGGCAACAGAAGCUACAUUACCGCUCCGGCCUUACUGUUGCCGAAUGCAUAUGACUCGCCCGGAUUGUCUAAUCUGUAGCUAAAUACUGCAACCUUUUAACAUGUUUUACUUAAGUUAUAUAAUCUUAUAUUUAUUGCAAACCAAAUUGGAGAUCACAACCCAAAUACCAAUGGCACAAACAACAGUGGCAAUCAAUGUCACGGACGAUAACUGGUCAGGAGACACAAUCUUUUCAAAAGAAGGACCAGCCGUAGUCCACAGAUCACAGCAAACUAAUAAACAUAGUGUAAAGGCCAAUCAAAAAGAAAAAAGAAAAAUUGAGCGAAGGUUCGGUGCCCGAGCAGAUAUUUUUGACACACAGGAUAAAACAUAUGUUGACUCAUUUCUCUUAAAAGCCGGCGUGCAAAAUCAAAUAAACGCUCUCAAACAGCAAGCAGAAGAUGCACAAAACUCCGAUUUCGCAUAUAAAUCUACUAAAAAAACAGUAACCGAAAAGGCUAAAGAAAACGAUAAUGACAAUUACGUUUUUGGACAAAACGAAUUAUCUGAAUCGCAAAAUUUAGGAAGUAUACAAACCAGCACAAUAGGUCUUUAUGCCUUAUUUUUAAAUGAAUCAGUAAACGCACAGACUUCAGGCGGAUACUCGCGUUCGACUUUGCCGCCUACUAUGUAUUCGGAUAUUUCAGAGACUCAAUCGCGCUCAACAAUGCCUCCUAUGUACUCAGAUGCUUCGGAGACUCAAUCGCGGUCAACGAUGCCUCCUAUGUUCUUGGAUGUUUCGAAGACUCAAUCGCGUUCAACGUUGCCUCCUACGUAUUCAGAUGUUUCCAAGACUCAGUCGCGUUCAACUUUGCCCCUAUGUACUCGGAUGUUUCCAAGACUCAGUCGCGUUCCACGUUGCCUCCUACGUAUUCAGAUAUUUCGGAUACUCGUUUGCGUUCAACUUUGCCUCCUAUGUAUUCAGAUACUCCAACGGGAUCAACGUUGCCUCCUAGGUAUUCAGAAAAUCCAACGGCAUCAACAAUGCCUCCUAGGUAUUCAGAUAAUCCAACGCUUUCAACAUUACCUCCUAGGUAUUCGGGUAAUCCAGCCCGUUCAAUACUUAACAGUCACACACGUUCCACGAUGCCUUUUAUAGUUAACACUCACACGCGUUCUACGAUGCCUUUCAUGGCUCAAACGCGUUCUACUAUGCCUUUUAUGUCUCGCACGCGUUCCACUAUGCCCUUUAAAUAUAACAUUGGAGCUCGUUCUAAUUAUGGCAUUGAAACUCGCUCUACGAUGCCUUUUAUGUUUCAUUCACGUUCAACACGUUCUACUAUGUAUUUUAAAUAUAGCACUGAAACUCGCUCUACAUUUCCGUUCAUAUAUCCAAACGCUCAAUCUCGUUCCACAUUGCUUUCGAUUUCUGAGAGGAAUAAUCAAAAAUUCAACGGCAAUAAAAAAGUUGGACCAGGAUUCUACUCCAUACCCACAAAUAGACCAAUAAUACAAACUAUGCAAAAACAAAGACAAAAUGGUCAUUUCAUAAAUGUAUAUAAUUACAUGAGAAGCCAUAAAACAUCAUCGGAAAAUAAAGAUGUCGAAAACCCGAACAGACCACAAACAUAUAAGUUUAAACAAAGAGCAUUUGAUGACGCACAUCCUUCAAUGUACCAAGAUAAUUUUGAAGAAUCAGAACCACCAAUUUUAAGAGAAGGACCAACUGUAACAGAACCACCGGUGGUAAAUGAUUAUGAAGUAACAGAAACACCAAUUGAACUAUACCCUCCAAACUACCAUCAGAAUAAAAACUUAGACAUCCAGAGAAGUAGAUCAGAAUUCACGAAGGACGAAAGUUUAAGAUUUUCUACACCAAGAGGUAGACCAAUGUUAGAAGUACAGUCUAAUGACGCAACUAAAUCACUAGGAUCAGCUAUUGAAAAAUUCAAGGAGCCUUUACAAAAGUUAGCGUCUAUGAAAGCCAGCUUCUAUUACGGUGAAGAUAAUCCUUUCAAGAAAGAAAUAGAAUUAGCGAAUGAUGGAAAUUUAUUUGAUAAAGUACCUACAAUACCACCAGAAAACGUAAAUAAAAAAAUUCCCCUUAAUGUUGAAAGAUUAGAUGAUACACAAUCAGAUUAUCCAUUGAUGGAAACGGAACCUGCUGUACGUUAUCGAGGAUCAGAUGCAGAUACGACAUGUUUGCCUGAAAUACAGACUACAGCAAGUCCGAUAUAUCCUUGGUUACUAACAAAGAUGUUUACAGCCACAGCCAAUUUUCGGAAGAGAAUACCCAAAGUUGUGUAUGAGUACGAGUAUAAAGAACAAGAAAGACCAGAACCAAGGCCAAAGGUCCCGUCAAAUGUUGAUUAUUCUCAAAUCAGAGGCAUGCCGGAAUCAGAGAGUGAAUCUUUUUCAGUGUUUUUGGCGAAAUUGAUGAAGGUUUUGGCUUCAAAGAGCUUAAAACAUCUACCGGGGCUCAUAAACCCAUUCGAACGCACUAUCACACUAUUAUUAGACUCCGGGAAACUGAUGAAGUUAGGAAUGACGAUUGGCACUUUUAUUGUCCAGUUCACGACGAUGCUCACCAUACCGAUGAAAGAGAUACAAAGACAACUGUUCAUAAUGCAAAUCUCGCUGGAGAACCGUCGUCGCAUGCUGGACGAUGCUUUCAACACGAUGAUGGAUGAACUGGACAAUGUGUAUGAUGUUGAUGAGGAGGAGGCUAUGCAGAGGGUGCUGCAAGAAGCAACGAUGUAUCCGAACACUAGCAAAACGGGGGAGCAAAUUGUAGAAGGUUUCAUAGAUGAUGUCUUCUUAAAGCCCAUGAAUAGAAUAGCGGGAACGGCGCAAGGAAACGUUGUUUUUGAAAAUAUAGCAAAAGUUGCAAAUAAAUAUAACACACCACAGGAACCCUUAUCUAGACGAUUCCAAGCUCAAUACCAAGUUACUGCACAUAAUAAAUUCCGACAUCCCUCAGUUAAAAACGAUAUAUACUUAAGAAACAGAAGAAAAAAUAAAGAAAAACAAAAGUUUGCUCAUCCACCAAAACUUGUUCAAAGUCAAAACGAUGAAAAAGAAUAUAUUGACAUGGAAUCUCAAUCAAAUGAUGAAGGCAACGAAAACGAAAGCUCUAGUAGCGAUAAUAAUGGAGUAGAAAUUAAAAUACGAAUAAAUAAUAAAAAUGUUCCUAGACGCAACAAGAGAAAAAUAUUGAAGGCAAAUAAGGAAAAAAAUGUUGAUGUAAGGAAAACGGAAGUUAAAGACAGUGAGAAAGAAAAUAUUGGGGUAGAAAAAUAUCUCUUGACAAACGGAAAUUUCAGAAAAAACGUAAAAACAACUAAAGUAAAUUGUCCCGGUAGGAAAUCAAAUCUUAAAGGAACAGGACCAUCAGAAUUAAUAAACGAGGAUAGAGGAAUUAUUAAAAGUGAAGUUAAUGGUAAAGAAACAAAGGAAAGUGAAGUAAAGCUACAAUUUGAUUGUAAACCUUUACCGCUUUUUGUUUCAAAAACUAAUGAAGGAAAUAGACAAAGCGAUACUGGCGUAACUACGUCUGAAAUGCUUGUGUAUUGCAGUAACGCUGUUGAAGUAACGGAAUAGUACGAAAAAAAAAAUCCUUUACUUCUUAAAAGAAUCCAUGACGCCGUUUUUA